CAACGUCGAGUCGAGAAGUCGAGAACGUGAAAAACUAAUAUUUCCAAAACAAAUCAAAAGUGGUAGGUACCUACUUCCAAAUGAAAUAAAUUACCUCAGAAUUAUUAUAUAUUAUGAAGCAAUAAUUAACUUGUUAACGCAGUCGUUUUACUAUUGAGAAUUCUAGUUUCCACGCCUGAGAAAAUAAUUCAUUUCAAUGUCAAACGUAAGGACUUGUCCCGGACUCUUCUGUGGUCGUACAGAAUUGGAAGAUGGGUCAUGGAGUGACUGCGGUGCCUGUCCUCGGGGCUUUAGAACCAAUGCAUCCAGCUACUGCACCCCGUGUGCUGACGAACCUUCGCUUUAUGACUGGCAGUACUUGGGUUUUAUGGUUCUUUUGCCGCUUGUGCUUCAUUGGUUUUUCAUAGAUAUAGUUGCGGCAGGAAAAAGCAAAGAUGGCAUUUUGAUCCAGCAUAUAUGUGCGUUUGUGGAAGUGGUAACAGGCACACUAUCAGCUCUUCUGGUUUUACCUCCGACAGGCCACUUAGCUUUGCAUGUGUGUACUCCAAAGGCUCUGUCGGACUGGUACACUCUGCUGCAUAACCCACAACCUGAUUAUAAGGAAACCUUGCAUUGUACUCAAGAAGCUGUUUAUCCAUUAUAUACAAUAGUGUUGUUGAUCUACGCAUUCAGUCUUCUAAUGACAAUAAGCUUGCGGCCUUGGCUGCUGGCGUGGCACACACCUAACUAUGGAAAGAAGGCCAUAUACUGUGCUCUUUAUUUCUAUCCCAUCCUCAUUCUCAUUCACACUGUUGCUGCAGGUUUGAUUUAUUGCUCUUUCCCCUACAUAAUAAUCAUAAUAUCCAUGAUGACGUCAGCAUCUCAUUUUUCCGUAAAAUUGGACCAAUCGGCGCCGGCUCUGCUAAUUUCAUCCAUAACUGAUACAAGGAACCUUACAAUACUCCUCGGUCAUUGGCUCGUCCACGCUUAUGGCAUCAUAUCACUGACUGGGUUCAGGGAAUUGUGGUAUUUGUCUUUGGUACCGGCUCCAGCACUAUUUUACAUACUUACAGCACAAUUCACGGACCCAUUGAAGAUACAUAACGAUUGACACUCACAGAAAACGUUUGUCAAAUUGGUUUUGAAUUAAUGAAUAAAAAAAAUCAAUAUUCAUUUUGUAUACUUAACGCAACAAAAAAAUUUCCAUCCAUCCAAUUUCGAAUAGGUUUCGAAAAGGCUCACGAAGUGUUAACUACACUUUGUAAUUAGUAUGCAAGGGUUGAUUUAACAGAAAGAUUACUUUAAAUUCCUAAUGAAAGUAACAUUACGGGGAAGUGUAAUUUUAUUUUUAGGAAAAUAAGCUGAAAAGUGUAGAAUGACAUUUAUAGUGAUAACUGUGUAGUAAGUGUAUAAUUUUUAUUUCCUAAGUCUGAAUGUUAAGUUAUAAGAUAACGUAGAUAAAUAAAGUUUAUUUGAGUUGUUUUAA